AAUCAGCCUGUAACUCCUUAUCCUCCCGUUCAACCCCAACCUGCUCCGUGCCCAAAUCAACCUGUGACUCCCUAUCCUCCCGUUCAGCCCCAACCUUCACCUUGUCCAAAUCAACCUGUGACUCCCUAUCCACCCGUUCAACCCCAACCUGCUCCGUGCCCAAAUCAACCUGUGACUCCCUAUCCACCCACUCAGCCCCAACCUUUACCUUGUCCAAAUCAACCUGUAACUCCUUAUCCCCCAGUUCAACCUGAGACCACAAAAAGACCCUAUAAGCCUCCUACUACUACUACCACUCGACCAAACACCACAACCAGAAAGACAACGACAACUAGAAAGACAACGACCACACCGCCGCCGCCGCCGCCUGCUCCUCUGCGUAUCUGCCCGCGAGGCACAGUCCUUAUAAAUGACAACUGCCGUCUGGUAUAUUGCGGCUCGAAGGUCUACUCGAACGGGCGUUGUGUGAAGCCGCAGUGCCCCAAGGGCACUUACUGGACGGGCCAGAAGUGCGCACUGCCCGAGCCCAUUGAGUUGAGUCCCAUUCACCUACAGCGAACGAUCAUCAACGAGAACUCGAAGAAUACGCCCGACUUGGUGCUAAAUAAUGUGCAGCAUUUGACAGUCAAUGCCUCGCUCACGCUACCAACAGAUUACAGGGAUUACGAGGAGGAAUCCGAGGAGGAGGAGGAAGUGGAGGAGCCAACACCUCCGCCAUCAACGCCAACCAAAUGCUGCACUGUGAUUGCGCCGCGCACCUGCCGCUGUCCGGCGGACAGCGAUCGCUGGCAAUGCUACAAUCCGAGGCAGCAACAAUGCGGCGACAUCUGUAGCGCCCCCAAGGUAGCGAUAAGGCCAGCAGGUGUGAGCACCUGGAACGACAACCAUGCCCAGAUGCUCACCAUGCCGCCCAACUGGAACGCGGGCUGUCAAGUGCAGGGCAACUGCGCGCAAGCCGCAGAGAGGUAUGACUGCAGCGGCUGUGCUUCGGGCGAGAUGUCCUCCUGUUCCCCCUACUGCUACGACUACCGCUGCAACAGCCCCAACUGUGCCUACUACGAUCAAGAACAAUUUUGCGAUUCGCCACAAUUUGCCGACUCCGUGGGCUGCCGUCGUCAGGAUGGCUGGCGUCGAUAGGCCAAUAUAUAGGUCAAUAGGUGUUUUAUAUGUAAAAAUGAAAAUAUGGUCUGUUUUUUCUUUUGUUCUGCAAAUAAACAAAAUAAAACCUGUAUUUUUAAA